AUGCUUGUACAGCAAAGCGACAGAGUGAACAACCAGAAUAUUGGCGACACCAGCUUUUCUCAUGGCGCUGGCGCGAAGAAGACAGGCAGCAAUGUGGUACAAAAGCCAGUAGACGAUUCCAUACCAGAUGCAAGAAGUCAGUACAGAUCUUGGCGUGCCUCAGAACAUCCUGUGCCCUUAGGUCCAGAGAAGGCUUGGUCCAUAGACACAGGAGACAGUGUAACCCCGCAGGAUGGGCCCGUGGAGAAAUCGAUCACCGAAGCGCUGGCGGGCGUCGAACCCACGCGGAGCAGAAAGGCGAGCCACAGCUUGCGGUUCUUCAAGGAGGGGCUUCCAGAUGAAGUUGCCAAGAAGCGCGACGCUCGGGGCGGAUCUCGUAUGCAACAUAAGCUUUCACCCACCCACGAGAAGCCCGAUGCUGAAGGGGCCGCACGCGUGAAGGACGACCACAUCCAUCAGAAGCACAGCAUAGCUCAACGGGAUCUACCGAGUGUGACCCCGACCGGCUCAACAACAACGGAGCAAGCAACACAUCCAGAUUCAUCAACGGACUACUUCGGCUCGCGGGUGAACGGGCCGAUUCCAACACCUCGAACUGCAGAAGGAUCCUCCUUGGCAGCUCGAUUCGCCGAGGCGUCUCUGGAACCGCCGGUAAAGAACAAGUCGAGGACGCAGCCCCCGUCUAUCUCAGAGCCUCCUAAAGCACAUCGAGUGUCCGAUGCCAGCACCGAUCGUGGGGACGCCACCGAGGAAUGUGAAGACUCAUCGGAAGAGAAGAUCUCUUCCGCGGUUUUUGUUCCUCACCAGGAUCCUGAGGAAUCUGCGUCAGACACGCUACCUUCAGACCAUGUAUCGAGCCGACCCACGCCGGCAAGGCGCCAAUCGACCAAAGAGGACUUCCAUGAGUGGCUGGUGAAAGCAGACGAGCUAGGUGGGAAGCCCGAGUCAAUGGUCCGCCCGGAUGGUGACACAAAAGGAAACGCGGACUCCAGCCGCACUGUCAAAGCAAGUCCUCCUGCCGCUGACGACUGCGCCAUUGAGGACGAUGAGGAGAAUGCUCUACCGGGUCCAACCAGUCUUCCAAGUUCGGACGUGCCGCAAAGCACUGUGCCUGUUGAAGACGACCCACCAGUGGAAGCUGAACCUGAUCACAAGCAACCCCUGGAAGCCAUCGAGCUCGUGCCAUACAAACACCAGGUCGGCGGGCACACCACCGUGUGGCGAUUCUCAAAGAAAGCCGUGUGCAAGCAACUCAACAAUAGAGAGAACGAAUUCUACGAAAACAUUGAGCGAUAUCAUCGUGCCCUGCUGCCUUUCUUGCCAAGAUACAUUGGGGUUCUCAAUGUUACUUUCCGGAAACAGCCUCGACGGAAAUCGGUCGUCAAGCGCGAAGAUGCUGCGGCAGCCGAAACUGUUUCCACACCCGUUCCAGAUCGGCCCAACUCACUACUAAAGUCGGUCCUCUCGCCUACGAAAGCAGAACUAGAGGGCCGAAAUCACCGCAGAGUUUUUAGCCAGUCAAUCCAGUCCACAACUGGACCGUUGCCCACCGUUACUUUUGUUGACAACCAGCACAUUCUGCCUCGAAGUCUCCUCCAACCCAAUGUAGCCGGUAUGGAGCGUGCGCGCAGUGCUUCAAUGACCAACAUCUAUGACCAAACACGUCCAGACGAAACAUGCAAAGAUCCGCAGCCACAGCGACCUCGAUCAAGGCCAGCACUUGAAGACCGUCACGCAAACAGCUGGGGUGCCACGACUGUAAACAAACGCUUGCGGAACGAGGUCUUUAACGAUGCCUUCUUGAAAGAACCCGUCACCGUCCGCAAGCACAAGACACCAGCGACACAUCAGCGCUCGAUUCCUCGCCGUGCGGUCCAGCAGACAUCGUCAUACCAAGGACGAGGCGGAGUCGACGUCACUGCGCAGCACGACCCCCAGCAGGGUGGGGACGUGCGUGACUCGGCAUCCCUUUUGCGUCCUACACCUACGUUAGCCUACCACCAGAGCGAUCUGGGUGGAGAGAGAAAUACUCUUUCUCUCGAGCCUGCCGAGCACGUCAAAGAUGUGACUGGAACUAGUGCCCCAGAGCCUGACACGCUGUCGGAACGGUUUCCAUCGCCCAGGCGUAAGAGGCGUUACUCGGGAAGCGGUUUGAGGCGUCGACCGCAAGAAGUUAAUGGUGGAGCUAGCGAUGCUGUACAGAGCCGAGGAGAUCUCCAAUACUUCGAAGGUGCAGACGAUGCCGGCUACAGGGCCGAUACUGGAUCUGCUGCUGCCUCGGCUGUGACCACCCCAGCUGCUGACUCAGCUGCGAACGACUCCCGUCAUGCAGGUGGGCUAGAAACACCGUUUUUCCCGCCAUCUGGUAUGUCGUCGGGCGUAGCAUCGGAGCUACCUAGCCCUACAGCUGAACCGGCCAAGAUCCCACGUCCUGUGAAUCCAAAAGAGGCCCAAACUCAAGGCUCGCGCGUGGAAUACUUCCUCCUCCUGGAAGAUUUGACAGCGGGCAUGAAGAAGCCCUGCAUCAUGGAUCUCAAGAUGGGUACGCGCCAGUACGGCGUGGAAGCCAGCGCAAAGAAACGCGAAUCACAGCGACGCAAGUGCGCGGCAACGACCUCUCGGGAGUUGGGUGUCCGAGUCUGCGGGCUUCAGACUUGGAACGCGAAGACCCAGUCGUUCAUCUUCAAGGACAAGUAUUGGGGCCGGGACCUCCGAGCUGGUCACGAGUUCCAGGAUGCGCUGACCAUGUUCUUGUACGAUGGCAUGGACUACGGCAGUGUGCUCAAACACAUCCCCGCGAUCCUUCACAAACUCAACCAAUUGGAGUUGACUGUUCGUCGUCUGCAUGGCUAUCGUUUCUAUGCAGCCAGUCUGCUCAUGUUCUACGAUGCGGACACGUCAGAUGAUGGGUACGAGACGACGAUUGACGACUCGACCACCGACGUGCCUACCGACGCGGACGAGUCCUGGGAGGUUAGAAGACGCCGGAAGGACAAGCGCGAGGUUGAUUUCAAGAUGGCAGACUUUGCCAAUAGCGUGAUCCCUGGCGAAAUGCCUGCGGACAAGCCCUGUCCACCAACACACCCAAACGAACCAGAUCGAGGGUUCCUCCGCGGGCUGGCGUCCCUGCGGAGGUACUUUCUGCGGAUUCAAAGAGACGUCCGUGCCGAGCUGGGUCUGGCAGUUGCUCAGCGAGGUCACCCUAGGUACGAAGAAUUCGCGGAAGAGGAAGAGAGCUUCUCCGUAAGCGAGUAG